GCUUUUAAACAAUUAAUUAAUUUUUUUUGGUACUAGGAAAUGAGCCAGAACCUUCGAACUGAGGUAUAACCACAGCCCUUCUAUACUUGUUAUUUUGGGACAAGAUCUCACUAAAUCACUACAUUGCCCAGACUGGACUCAAACUUGGAUCCUCCUUCCUCAGCCUCCCAUAAUUCUGGGGUUACACGCGUGCACCAUGGUGCUCCCUGUAGAGUUUUAUAUACAAUAAGCCAGCCUGAACUGCAUAGUAAGACCCUGUCUCAAAAAGACAAAAACAAGAACAAGUCACGUUGAUAGGAACUAGAAUUCAUAAAAUGAGACGGACAAUCACUCUCACUUUACAGAUGAUAACCAGGUCUGAAAGAGGGGAAGAGGUUGUCUGGAGUCAGGAAGAGUACCUGGUUCUGAUUUCCAAUGAGCCUCUUGUUCAUUUCUAAGACUGAUUUGCUUGUAUUUCAAUGUCAUCAUUUUUCUCCAAAGAGACUGAAAAAAGUGUUUUCAUUCUGUUUUGCAAAAAGUUGUUCUUCAUAACUUUCUCCUGAAAAUGCAUGAAAUGGGUCCUCGAAUGGAAGGCUAGGAAGUCACCCUCCACAAGGGCUGGCCCCUUCAGGACCCCUCUUGGAGGUUCUGCAGCUCUCUCGCCUCGCCGUCUAAAGCUUCCUUUUGAUUCCCCGCCCACAAAGGCUCCGCCCCCUUCAGGGUAGAGGUGCCCAAAUCUAAGAUGGCGCCAAGUGCGUCGGCCCUAACGGAAGUGACCUCACGCUACUCCGGAAGGGAAGGCGGGAAGCGAGCGAGAGGGUAGGUGACUCGCGGUGGGGCGGUGUCCGAGUCCCUGGCUUCUACGCGUUUGGCUCGACAGCUCUUGGGACCCGCGUCGAAACACAAGGCCAGGGGCGUCGGAGGGAUUCGCUGCACGGCUAGCCGCGGACCCUGGGAUCCAGAGUCCCGCCCUCGGAGGCCUCCUCUGCGACCUCCUGGGCUGCGCGCGCCGCGGCGCCUGGGUCUCGGGCUCUGGCGGUUCCCGCCGAGCAGAGAGGCUGAGAAGAACAGGGGUCGCGGCUGACCCGCCCUCCGCCAAGGCCAGGCCGCGUGUCCCCCCCGCCCCUGGCCCACUCGCGGCUUCAGAGCUCGCGUCUCCCCCGCACGCCGUCCGCAUCUCCUCAGUGUCCCCAAGCCCUCUAGCUGGGUGACACUUUCCCCCUUGCUCGUGUCAGGAGGGAGAUAACUCCGUGUGGAUGGAAAGGAUUCUGUGCACCGCUUCCCUUGCCGUCCAGAAAGUUUAACUCGGCGGGGAUGUGUGUCUUCCACUCCCCGGCCAGUGGCUGUCCCUUCUCCUGUCGCCGUCGCAUUUAGCAACUGGGAUCACAUCCGAGUGUCUAAGAGAAGAAGAAGCGCCCACAAAACUCUUGCGUGGAGUUCGCUUGUGCCGCCCGGGAAGGGCAGGUGGACCCGGGAGCCAAGAUGCAGGACCCAGUGUCCACAAUGAGAGUCUCGGAGUGCGAGGGGAGGCUGGAGGCGCUGACGGCCGCCGGGACCCCGAGCGCCAAGAGCGGCGGCGCGGGCGCGACCGGCAGCGGCGCCGGCAGCAGCCGCGGAGGCAGUGCCAAGGGCUGGCAGUACAGUGAUCACAUGGAAAACGUGUAUGGCUACUUAAUGAAGUACACCAACCUUGUCACCGGGUGGCAGUACAGGUUUUUUGUGCUGAACAACGAAGCCGGGCUGCUAGAGUACUUCGUGAAUGAGCAAUCCCGGAACCAGAAACCCCGCGGCACCCUACAGUUGGCGGGCGCCGUCAUCUCACCCAGCGAUGAGGACUCGCAUACCUUCACGGUGAAUGCGGCCAGCGGGGAGCAGUAUAAACUACGAGCCACAGAUGCCAAGGAGAGGCAGCACUGGGUCAGCCGGCUCCAGAUCUGCACGCAGCACCACACUGAAGCCAUUGGAAAGAACAACCCUCCUUUGAAGUCAAGGAGCUUCUCUCUUGCAUCCAGCGGUAAUUCUCCAAUCUCCCAGCGGAGGCCGAGUCAGAACACCAUCUCCUUCUUUGGCGUCGGGCCCUCCAAGCUGCAGCCCUCGGGCAGAAGAGCGCCCUUACCACCAGACCACCUUGUGGAAGUCAGAGAGAUGAUGUCUCACGCUGAAGGACAGCAGAGAGACUUGAUCAGACGAAUUGAAUGCCUUCCUGCCUCUGGGUUCCUCAGCUCCCUAGACCAAGACCUCCUGAUGCUCAAAGCGACAUCCAUGGCCACGAUGAACUGCUUGAACGAUUGCUUCCACAUCCUGCAGCUGCAGCAUGCGUCCCACCAGAAGGGCUCGCUGCCUGCAGGAACGACAAUCGAGUGGUUAGAACCAAAGAUCCCUCUCUCCAACCAUUACAAAAAUGGAGCUGAGCAGCCCUUUGAGACAGAACAGGAUAAAGCUGGGGUCCCUGAGGAGCUGUCAGCUGUGGAGUCUGGGCCCAGAGCAAGGGAGCCUGAGGACAUAAAGGCAGAUGAAGAAGUGGAGGACACCUGCGACCACAAGGAGGAUGAUCUGGGGGCUGUGGAGGAGCAGCGCAGUGUCAUCCUGCACCUCCUGUCCCAGCUCAAGCUGGGCAUGGACCUGACACGGGUGGUGCUGCCCACCUUCAUCCUGGAGAAGCGCUCCCUGCUGGAGAUGUACGCAGAUUUCAUGUCGCACCCUGACCUGUUCAUAGCCAUCACGAGUGGCACCUCGGCUGAGGACAGGAUGAUCCGCUUCGUGGAGUACUACCUCACCUCUUUCCACGAAGGCCGGAAGGGCGCCAUCGCCAAGAAGCCGUACAACCCCAUCCUUGGGGAGACCUUCCACUGCUCCUGGCAGGUGCCCAAGAGUGGCCCGGGUGCCCAGCCAGGCGCUCCGCCACCCGAGGAGCCCACCGGCUGCUACACUGUCCGCUUUGUGGCCGAGCAGGUGUCCCACCACCCGCCCGUGUCUGGCUUCUACGCUGAGUGUGCAGAAAGAAGGAUGUGCGUGAACGCGCACGUGUGGACCAAGAGCAAGUUCCUGGGCAUGUCCAUCGGCGUGACGAUGGUGGGCGAGGGGGUCCUCAGUCUGCUGGAGCAUGGGGAAGAGUACACCUUCUCCCUGCCCUGCGCCUACGCCCGCUCCAUCCUGACCGUGCCCUGGGUGGAACUGGGCGGCAAAGUUGGCGUCACCUGCGCCAAGACCGGGUACUCCGCCAGCAUCACCUUCCACACCAAGCCAUUUUACGGUGGCAAACUCCACCGGGUCACAGCAGAAGUGAAGCACAAUGCCAGCAGCACCGUGGUGUGCAGGGUGCAGGGAGAGUGGAACAGCGUGCUGGAGUUCACCUAUAGCAAUGGCGAGACCAAGUGCGUGGACCUGAGCAAGCUGGCCGUGACGAGGAAGAGAGUGCGGCCCCUGGAGAAGCAGGACCCCUUCGAGUCCAGGCGCCUGUGGAAGAGCGUGACAGAGGCGCUGAGCCGGGCGGAGAUGGACCUGGCCACGGAGCACAAGCGAGUGCUAGAGGAGCGGCAGCGGGCCGAGGAGCGGCUACGCGCAGAGUCGGGCACGCCCUGGAGCACACGCUACUUCUCCAAGGAGGGAGAUGGCUGGGUUUAUCACAAGCCCCUUUGGAAGGUCCUUGCAGCCACGCAGCCAGCAGAGUGACGCUCCUUUCCGUGAGCCGAUGUGGCUCUUCCUUCCGUUCACACCCUACCAGAGUCGCCACACUGCGUGGGCCGACCCACUGCUGACCUCGAAUGUACUUCUCGGGCGCCGUCAUCCACAGCAAGACCAAAGUGUCACCAUCCUGUGACACAGCAAUAUCUCAGCCACUAGAGACCCACCUUCUCCGGCCCUGCCCCUGCCACCAGGGCGGCCACGGAGACAGCAAGAGCGCAUAACUCGGCUCUUGUGAACUGUGAGGUCGCUCGGUCUGUGUUCUCCUCUCUGUCCAUCACUGACUACUCACUGCUCCUGGAAACCAGUGCGAGUGGAGGAAGCAGCUGGGUGGGUCAGCCCUGACCUGCCCUCCAUGCCCAGUGGCAGAGCCUGGUGACAGGCGUGACCCCGUGCCCAGCCAGGCGCCACCAUCACCGCCUCCCUGGGGCUCUCGGCGGUGUUCCUGCAGUGAUCAGAACCAAACCAUGGAGUCUUUUCUUCUGAGCAUUUUCAUAUACUUGAAAAGAGCAUUGACUUGAAAAAUUUCAGAACAUUUUUCAAUACCUAGUUUUAUUAAAUAUUACACUUGAGACAAUUUUUUUAAAUGUGUUCAUAUCAAUAUAAUGAGAUUUUGGCCUUUCUCAAGAACUAAGGCAUUCAAGAAAAUAGCUAAUAUUGAAAAGCGAGGCUGUUGCUGGUUCCCGCCACCUCCUCACUGGUGGGUGUCAGGCAGUAUUCCAUGCGCCAGGCGCGCUGGCUUUCUCUUCCCGCUGCUCCCUCAAGAGGGGACACAAAUGACCAUUCGUGUUUAUCGGUAACUCACCUAUGCCUGUGACCGGUGCAUGUGGGUAAGUUGUGAUUUCUUGUCCAAGAAUCCUAAACAGUGAAGAAAAGUGUCUGAUAGAAAGCU